GGCUACGCCAACCAAUAGACACGAUGGCAAUGCCAACAUGAGUCUCCCACAAUGGAACUUGGACUAUCCUCUGAAAAAGGCAUAUAAACCCCUUUGGAACCUCUCUCCUCUAUCUCAGCUUUGCAUACUCCGUAUUCAUUACCUUCCCUACGUACAUUCAGGCUCGCUACCCUAUAUAUACUACAUCCAUCCAUAUCUAUAACAACAUCCACUCAGACCCAACCACAAACAUGGCAACUCGUGAAUUUUCCAACAUGUUCCAAUCCAAAGACUUUGCUAGUCGCUACAGGCUUGCAGAGAAGCUCACUGGGCUUUUCGCUCGCCCAUUGAUCAACCAAUCGGGAAUUGCAUCCUAUGGGAAGCGACCCGUUAUCCUUGACAAUGCCUGUGGCACAGGCGUUAUUUCCAGUGUUCUCAAUAGCACACUUAGUGACCAGGUUAAGAAAGACUGGGAGCUGACCUGCGGCGACUUAUCCCAACCCAUGGUCGAGCAUACUCAGCAACGAGCCAUAGAGGAAGGAUGGCACAAUGCGGAAGUGAAAGUCGUGAACACACAAGAGAUGAAUCUUCCAAACUCAUAUUAUACACAUAUCUAUACUGCUUUUGCAAUCCCUAUGAUUCCUGAUGCCGAUGCUGCAUUGAAAGAAUGUCUCCGAGUCCUCCAGCCAGGAGGCACAUACGCAUCAACCAACUGGAAGACAACCCCCCAAAUAGCGAUGGCGCUCUCCUCCCUCGAGUCCCUCUCAUCGGAACUUCCUCUCCCCGAGGUUGACCAAUUCCAAAAAGGCCUUUCCAAAGGCUGGGACUCCGAAUCCCUUGUCAAAUCCGUGCUCGAAGAAGUAGGAUUCACGGACGUCAACGUCACAGCCGUAACGGACCACGCUUCAGUGCCUAUUGCGGAAUUCGUGGAACUGAAUAGGAGUUUCCUACCUGUUGCCUUAGGGAAGUUCUGGACAGAAGAGCAGCGUGAGAAACACUUGGGGCGUGUUCCUGAAGUGAUGAAGCAAUGGCUGGAAGAAAAGUUUGGUGUGGAUGGGGUGGUGCCGCUUGGUCCAACUGCCAUUGUCGUUACUGCGAGGAAGCCGUGAGUGAGGUGCUUUGUAACGCCGAGAAAGGAUACAUAAUGUAUUGUCAAGAGGUUUGUAGGCAUCAAGUUUUAAAGAAAUUCGAUUAUUGCCC